AUGCGACAGGUAAUCGAGGACCUCGUCAAUGCUGACUACUCGGAGCGAUAUUGGGUCAACGAUGGCAGGCUGGAAGUGAUCGAGUACGGUAGCAAGAAGCUCACCCAAGCUCAACGCAAUUGGGACGCGAGAGAAAGAGAAUUGUGGGCGGUCAAGUACUUUGUGACCAAGUGGGACCCUUACAUACGGCUAAAACCCACCCUGGUCCUUACCGACCUCCGCAGUCUCACUUCCCUAGCGAAGGCUGACACAGGCAAGGUGGUCGAUGAGCUCUGUUCCUCCAGCAAUACGACUUAA